AUAAAGGCGCUGCCAUACUUGUUUCCUGAAUAUCAUUUUGAAAGGUAUUACGUGAUUGGUUGGCCUCUCCAAGUAAAGUUUACUGGGACGUGCUUUGAUUGGUUACUCCCAUUCAUGCAUACUUCAUGAGAAACGAUCAAUAAUAGCAUCAGACAACCGCGGGUUUGGGGAGCGUGUGUGGACUCAAACCCGUAGUUUACGACGAUGGGUUAUAUCCUGUGACUUUCACUUCUAUUGCAGGGCGGAUCUUAGAUUAUUAUUUUAUCUAUGUACACCUGAAUUACGUUGUGAUUUUCACGGAGACAACCAAACAACUUCUAUGAAGGCAAUUUUGACUAGAACUAUAUAGUUUUUACUAUCGUGGCAUCUUCUAAAAAUAAAGUUUGCGUAAUAAUAAGGCAAUUCCAGCUGAAUAAGAAUAGUCAAUAUCCGAGUAAGUUCGAAAAUGGCUGACAAUUUUCCUUUUAUCUAUACGCUUUUUGAAAAUUUUAUUGACGAUGGCUUUGAUGAAAACUUGGUUAUAGUGUACAGUUUACUGCGACACAAUCACCUGCUUCCCUUGUAAAGCGUUUGCUCAGUUACCCCUCAAAUAUUGAAGAAUGUGUCGAGUAUGUCGUCACUCUACGCGUCCAUUGCUUUUAUAUUUCAAUUUAGAAUAAGUAAAACUUAUACGGUGCCAAUUUUGAUGCACCAGAUGCGCAUUUCGACAAACAAUGCCUCUCCAGUUAUGCUCAAUCGAAUUUUUUGAAAUCGGAAAUAACAACAAACUUGUAAGAGCUAUUUUAGGUAAGAAAACAGAAUGACAAAAAGUGGAAUAAGUGCAAUAAGUAAAGAAAUGUUCUAAGAAAUUGUAUUAAUUGACGAUAGGCGAAUUCUGGCGUCAGAGCACGGAAGUGGUUUUGUAGAUGUUGGUCCACGAAAACAAGUGUUGAUAUAUCUAAGCUACCCUGCAACAACUCAUGAGGGAAAUUGGGCCUCUUUUCAACAUAGCGAUGUCAACUGUUCACGCUGUUAUAAAAAGAUUAAAUCGAGACAUGAAUAAAAAGCUGCCAAAAGAACCAAUAGUUACGUUACAACUUUAAAAAUGUGCCCAUCUACAUCUCAAAAGUUUAAAAGAAUAUUGGCGCAUUUACUAUGGGCUGCUGACACUGUCAAUAGAGCGAAUCCUUAAAAGAAACAAGAUACUGGGGAUCUAACUUUAGACCUUUUUUAAAAUGAAUACUUUCUUUUUAUAUCUCUUUUCUUGUCACGAAAAUUUGGUAAGAUCACUCCUUUUUCAAAGUUGUCCCUCCCAUGUUUUUGCAAACGAUGGUACGUCACUGUAAAUUACCAUAUAGGAUAAUGUGUAUCCGCUAUUUUCCAUUUAGAAGACAGUUUUGGUGAAUUGACUCGGUAAAUUCGCCAAUGUCGUUAGAUGUAACACUAAAAUUGUUUAAAAUUAAUUUGAUGAAGAUAGAUAGCUGACCAGAUUCUAAUGAGGAACAGCAUAUUGCUCAAGAUUUCCAGUUGAAAUGUGGACUGCCAGAUAUACGACUUUCAUCUUGCAUAAAAAAGGGGAGGGGCACAGAUUACAUAAACAGGAAGCGUUUUCCAUCUAUGCAGCUUCAGUUUCAGCUUAGUGUUUGAACUUACCGGCUAUUGGUAUUUUGCAAAACGAAACGGAAACGGUUGGAGGGGGUCCACUGUGAAAAGUAGAGGUUUGUAGAAUAAUAUACCGUCCUUGAAAUUCUAGUUUUUAAAUAUAAUUGUGUCCACUCAUGGGAAAUUUUCGUCAGAUUACUUCUGUAGUUAGUGUGUAAACGUUGUUUUGUUGGGUUUUUUUAUAUGCAUUGAUUAUUGAUAUAAAACAUACAUUUUCUGUCCUUGUUCCGCUCCGUUCCGUAAAAUUUCAAUAUCGGUGUGAAUAUUUUUAUUUAGCAGAAGGGAGCGAAGUGUAUCGAAAUUGAAAUGUUAUGCAACACAUUUACAAAUAGGCUGUUGUUAAUUAAUUACUCUCAUUCUUUUUAACCAUAUCUUCAGAUAUCAAAUUUUCUUUCUCUCUCUUUAGGGGUGUCAAAAUAACUGAUUUAAUGCACAUGUGUUAUUGAACUUGGUUGCAAAACGAUUUCGUCGCACUAUACCAAUUUUUUAAACAAUGUUUGUGGACAUGCUUGAUAUUUUUGUUCAAAUUUGUUUUAAUUUACCUACUGUUUUGAAGAAGCGUUUUCGUAGCGGUUGGAAUUUUUCUAAUCUUUCGUAAGUAUUUCUUUACUUGUUUUACGGUAUCUAUGUCAUUUGCUCACAAAUCUGGGGGAAAAAAUGCAUGUGUUGGUUAAAGUAUUGAAUACCUUUGUUUCUUUGAUACUGUUAUGUUCACGCUCUUUCGAAUUCAUGUCACAUUCUUUUUCCGUUUCAGUUUCAGCUUUCUUUUUCGUCGAUUUAUUAAUUAUCAUUAUGUACGUGGAGUUGUUAAUGCAAAAAUCGGGGUCAAUGUACAAUUUUCUGCACAGAUGAUAGUGGCAAAUAAAAACUUAGCAAAACAGGACUCGAAAUUUCCAAGGUUACUAACAAGUUUAAGUAUUUGCAAGUAUUAUCUGGUUCCGUUCUGUUUAACUAAAUAUUGUGCAUUUAGGCAAGAUGUCCUGUUUAUAAAUGAAUGUGUGUUUUUGAUACUUUUAGGGUCAUUCAAGAACCGGUAUAAACAGAAAAGAAAAUUCAAAUACGGAUACAAUUGAACAUGAUGUUAGUCAUUACAGAAACCUAACAGCCAACAAUGAUACCAAUUUUAGUUGCAUCUGCAUUGACAAGGCGUGGUGGAGGAGGACUGUGUGAGUCUAUAAGGUUACUCGUUUCUGGUCGAGGGUUGGUAACGAUUCCAGGAUCAAUUCAUUUAACGGAAAUCCUGGCGUGGUUCGACGAACCACGAACAUGAUCUCUAAAUCUGAAAAUUCGGAGAACUGAAUUGAAAGUAAUUGCUUUGAACAUGAUAUAGUGUAUUUCAGAGUGUGGCAUCAAAAGACUAAACAGAGCUAGCAGUUUAUAGAAGUUAAGGGGGAAAUCGCAUUGAAUGUCGCUUUCAACGUCUCACAAUUCUUCAAGAUAAAGAAACGUCACAUAUGUCUUCCACAUCAGAAAACGUCACACAUUUCUUCCACAUCAGAAAACGUCACACAUAUCUUCAAGAUAAGGUUACGUCACAUAUUUCAAGAUAGAAAGUGAUAUUGUAGUUAAAAGUGUUUGUCUAACUAAUGUAGAUGACACAGUUGAGGACUUUUAAAGAUAAUUCUAGAAUUGUCAACUCCGUCCGCAUAAAUUUCAGAGAUCUGUGGAUUGACGUAUUUUACACAGUUUAAGCAUCCACCAUGGAAAUCGUGCACCUGAACAUCGGUGGGUCAAUGUUCCAGACAACAUUUGAAACAUUAGCUAAAAUUCCAGACACCAAGUUAAGCGGUCUUAAGCGGGACCUUUCGAUCAAAGAUUCGCCGGCCUCGUUUUUCUUCGACAGAAACCCGGAUGUUUUCAAUAGCAUUUUGGAUCUGUAUCGGACGGGAGAGCUGCACUUUCCGUCGAACAUUUGCGGGGCAACUUUAAGGACCGAGCUAGAGUUCUGGCAAAUUGACAAGAAAUACCUAAGUGAAUGUUGUCUGGAAGCCUUCUAUAAACAUGAAAGUAACUUGAGCAUUUUAAUGGAAAUCAAAAACUUAGAGAAAAGCAAAGUCUUGGACGUUCCGAUUGAGGAAUGUCGGGAAGGAUGCUGGCGAAAUAACAUUUGGAGGACCUUGCAGUACCCCCAGUCAUCGAGAAAAGCAAGUGUUUUCAACACCCUGUAUAUGUUGAUAGUAGUCCUGUCAACAGCUGUUCUUUUCCUAAGCACAAUGGCAGACAUCCGCAAACCCACCGAUCGAAAUUCAGAGUUUUAUAACGACACCUUGACAACUCCCAAAACGAAUCUGUACUUCACAACGACGGUUCCUGAUUCCAUUAAAUACAUCGAUGCAUUUUGCGGAAUAUUUUUCACUAUUGAGUACCUCGCCCGCCUGUGGGUGACGCCAUUAAAAUGUCGACAUUUCUUAUGCACGCCGCCUAACGUCGUUGACGCGGUUUGUAUCAUCGCGUUUUGGAUCUUUUUCCCCUUGUUACAGAUGAGACCAGAAUCCAUGAACGGUACAGCGUUCUCUUACGUCAUCAUGAUCCUAUCGUCUGCUUCGCUACUGCGACUGUUUCGUUUCUACCGAUUUAUGAAUAGGUUCCAGAGUUUUGACGUCAUCAAUUUGGCCGCACGAGCUAGUAUGUAUCAGUUUGGGAUUCUCAUCGCUAUUUUCUUUCUUUCGAAUUUGUUUUUUGGCUACUUGAUAUAUUAUGUUGAAUUUCAAGACCAUAAUGCAUUCAGUAAUGCUUUCACUGGAUUAUGGUGGGCUUUUAUUACCAUGACAACUGUAGGAUAUGGUGACGUAGUACCCACGUAUUUUCUCGGGCGUAUUGUAGGAGUUUUGUGUGCCUUGACGGGAAUUAUCAUGCUAGCGAUACCGGUGGCCGUUGUGACGUCAAAUUUCACAGUCUACUAUAAUAAACUGAAAGACUAUUCAAAUCACGAAAAGGCAAAGAAAAAAGAAAACAAAAGCAAAUGUAGAUUAAAACCUGGAAGCGAAAGUAAGUCCGUGUCGCCGAUCCAUGUGCUAACACUGGAAACUAUAGAAUCUCAUAAAAAUCGUGUUGAAAUCGGGAAGUCUAAGAAGUUAAGUGUGAGUCAUCAAGAAAAGGUGGGGCAGGGGGCGGGGGGCGGCAAGAAGAUGUAAGGCGGAACGUUGACUAUAAACAAUUAUAAACUAAAGGCAGACCUUGAUGCAUGCAUGUCAGCUGACCAAGUUUGUACCCCCUCCCCACCAACAAAAAAACCGGAAGGCGGUGAAAUCACCAUAUUGGCGAAAUUGACCAUUGAUAAUUUUCAAAAAUGUUCAACCCCCUGUAUUUCUGCCAUUGGGAAGUGUCAUUAUUUUGUUUGAUUGUGCAUUUUGGUGUUUUACUCCUCAUUGAAUAAAAUGAAUCGCUAAAAUACAAGAAUGUAUAUGGAUGGAAGUCAAAGUUAAGGAAUGCUAUGCAUAUUUUAAACCACAAACAUCUCGCCCCACAAAUUUGACAAAAUCUCUUAUGUAGAAUCAGGUGGGGAGGGGAGGGGUGUAUCCCCCUUUUUGACAAUGUUCUUUAUUUAGUUAUCUUCACAUACAAGGUAAGAUGUAUUGUGUGAAUGCCCUCCUUCAUUACACAUACACUUAUUUGUAGUACAUGUAGUAAUAUUUAAGCUUACAUUAAUGAAUUGAGCCCAUGAACAUGUUUGAACCUGUAGACAGGAUUGGAGUACAUUAGUUAUACUGCUAUGACACAUGAUAUAUUGUCUCUUUGUGCAUUUGUACGGAGAAGAUCACGUGCAUUUGAUGCGUGCCGGUAUGUCGUUAUUUAUCAGUGUGUAUAUGUUAUACAUGUAGGUCUAUCAAAUCGAUAAACACUACAUUCAAAUUCCAUUGUCUUAGUUGUUUUAAAAGGUACGUUUUUUCUGAAUUUCAUUUCGAUGUACAGUAUAUUUUUGUAUGAAAAUCAAUCUUUUAUCAUCAUUCCACUUUGGAAAAUCGCAAUUACUCGGUCAUUUCCGCAAGCGUGAUUUGUAAUUUUAUAACAUCAAAGAACUGAGUAAUAUAGGUAAAUAUCUUAAAUGUGCCGCGAAACUACGUAAUGACACUGUUAUUAAUUAGUACAUAGAGCUUUUUUUCCCCGCGUAUACCAGAUACAGUACAUAUUAUGAAUCAGUGUAAUUGGUUAUGAAUACCUGUAAUAUAUAUAUAUACAGCGAAAGUACUGAGUAUACUGUGUUUAUAUAUAACUUAAAUUUAUGCAAUGAUAUUACUGUAUAACGUUAUGUAAGUUUAUGCACUCUCCAUAUACUGUUCCUGUAUGUAUUAUAUCUUUAUAUUUACUGUACAGCCUGUGUAUAUAUAUGUGUAUGUGUAUGUGAAUCCAAUGAGCCACAUGGCUCACGGAAAUAAAGAAACUGAAACUGA